AUGGCCACCCCAGACCCCAAGCCUCAACUAUACUGUCACGUAAUCGACUCCAGUAACUACCAAGACGACCCCUCUGCAAUCGAAAAGCUCUUCAACCUAAGCCAAGACAUCUUCGACACAGUCCCAGGCGAAGUCCCCCAAGAACAACUCGACGAAGAAGCCAAACUACCCCCCGAAACCGCCCCGUCCAGCCAACUCGCAGCCUGGCACUGGGGCAUGGCCCAACCCCACGCCAUCAUCGCCUACGCCAGCACCUCGCCCACCCCAAACCCUUCCACCGCACUAGCAGUUUUCCACGGCCUCCCUUGCCUCCAACCAGAAAUCGGGUACGAACUCUUUCAUCUCCGCGUCGCUGCCGUGAAGGCAGAGAGUCGCGGACUGGGAAUCUUCCCGAUGUUGAUGGGGAGGGUCCAGAAUCAUGCGAGGGAGUGUGGGUGGAAGGAGAUGACGGUGAUUACGUAUCCGCACAGGUUCGUGAAGAUGGCGAGGAUUCUGAGGAGCCAUGGUUGGAAAGAAAUGGGGAUCAGGGAGAGGGGGCCGGCGUUUUUGUUCAAGAUUUCGUUGGAGUGA